UGCUGCUGCUGCAAUCUCAACACCAACGCACAACCUGGCCAACCUCUUAGCCAUCAACGCGUAAAAAUCAUCCAAAAUGGCCAAGUCCAAGAACCACACCGCCCACAACCAGACCAAGAAGGCGCACCGUAACGGUAUCACCAAGGUCCAGACCCAGAAGUACAAGUCGCUCAAGGGUGUCGACCCCAAGUUCCGCCGCAACGCCAAGUUCGCCGCCCAGGGCUCGCAGAAGGCCGUCGCCGCCGCCCGCAAGGCCAAGGCCUCGGCAUAAGAUGUCCAUUCAUUAAUGGUCAUGUACGACGCGGUGUACCAUCAUUCACAUGCAGGAUGAGCAUUGGCUAG